GUUUUCUGUCGAGCAGGCGCUGUUUUAAUUUUUGUUUAAACCUCCCCCCACCUACACCCCCCUCCCACUGGAGAAUUUCACCCAGCAUUGCGGAAAAGAUUAUGGAGAUUGGAGGCGACAGUCAGAUGACGGAGCCGAUUCAACUGGCAUUUCUGGCCUUGCUCGCUGGCAGGAUGGUCUAAAUGAAGCACACAUCACCAUCGCAGACGGAGACAUCGUCCUCAGCCAGACUGCACCGUUCCAGGGGAAAGAGUGAAUCAUGACUAAUGUGGAGGAUAAUCUGGAGCAGGUGAUACCAUGAAGAGAAGCUCACGGGUCAUCCAUCACCAACUACUAAGUCUUCUAAUCCUGGCACUGACUGAAGAACUGAUAUCUGCCGCUCACAAACUGUCCCCCAAGUCCAUGUCUCAAAGUUCUCUCACAGACUCAACAGCCGUAAGAAUGAUGUCGGCCAAGCCUAGUGCCGGCUCCAAGAUGGUGGACCGCGCUACAAAUAGACACAGGACUUUGGACACGGUCCACGGCUCCAAGAGCGGUUUGGUUGACUCCAUACCCAUUGAGAUCCAGCCCACCAUGUUGGUCUUUGCUGGGGGCGACCAGAGGACGAUGCCGCCCGCCGGUUCUUCGCGCGCCCAAAGCACUUUGUACCCGGAGGCGCCAGCGGCCGAGGGGAGGCUGGCCACGUCCCGCCAGGUUGGUGGGUUGUUGGUGGGCGGGAACGUCACCCUGCCUUCUUCCCCCACCGGCCACCAGCGUGAGGUGGUCUCCCCCAGUCCAGCCUCCGGGCUGAACGCGUCCACGGAGGAGGCCGCGCUGGGCCAGGCUGGUGGCCAUCUUGACUCUGAGCAGGUGGACAAAAGUGCUGGAGAAACUCAGCGGGUGCAGCAGCAUCCAUGGAGCGAAGGAAAUUGGCAACUAUCUGAGCACCUCGGGCAAGCGGAGGGAAGGGGUGUUGCUGAGGGGGAGGUUUCACAGACGCCGUUCCUGCCCGGAAUUCCGGCAAUGGACUCGUCCUCGCCGGCCCCCCCGACGUUUGGUGGUACCCUGUCGUUAAAAUGGCCGGCGACUCCAAUCCUGGAUCUCCUAACCUCCGCUCAGCAUUCCCCACAUAAAGACGCGGGGGAUGGGGACGGGGACUUCUCUGCCACGCUCUCUCUUCAUCUUUGGUCUUCUCCGGCCACGUCCAGCGCGCCCUCCGAGAGGAGGGAAGGCCUCGCCCCUCCCGGCCUUCUACCCACCUCGGCCUCGGCCGCUGCCGCCAUCUCCUCGACCCUGAGCCAGUCCGAAUCCACGGCGGCCGGCAGCUUUCUCAACAGGAUGGUUCCCGCCGAGACCCGAGGGCCGGACGCCCCCGGCAACGUCUCCCACGUCUCGGACGCGGAGGAGCCUCAGCAGAAAGCCACCAUCUGCCUCAGCAAAGUGGACAUCGCCUGGAUUAUCCUGGCUGUCAGUGUGCCUGUGUCGUCGUGCUCAGUUUUGUUUACAGUUUGCUGUAUGCAGAAAAAGAAGAAGCCAACAAACCCUGAAAAUAAUUUAAGUUACUGGAACGAUGCAAUCACUAUGGAUUACUUUAACAGACACGCCGUGGAACUCCCGAGGGAAAUACAGUCCCUCGAAACAUCUGAGGACUGCCUGUCAGAGCCACAAUCGCCGCCGAACGGCGACUAUGUGGACACCGGGAUGGUCCUGGUUAAUCCGUUCUGCCAAGAAACGCUCGCCGCCCAGAAGUCGUAGAAGUUCUGAGUGGUGGCCACAGGAAGGCAGGGUCCCGCUGAGCUUUCUGUAACUGCUCCAAGGUAUUUAUCACACCUGGCCAACUCACUCCACCAACAGCCUGCAGCUCCAAAACCUCACAGAUCUCUUUUUAUAUAUGUGUAAAGAAGACUUUGCAAAACAGUGCUUUAUAAAAUUAAAGUAUUUCUAAGCAGAAAACUA